GGUAAGAAAUUCUAACAGAGGAUUACCGCACUUUCUAAAGUUCCAAGUAUAACUGAAGGAGGACUUUAGAGAAUCAAGAAAAGAAGAAAGUGUGAGUACUGGAGUAGUAUAUAUCGAUGACUUCCUUCGUCUGGAGAGUUUGAACCCCAAGAGAACUUUGCUGUUUGAGUUGGCUUUGGCGAUGGGUUAGUUGAAUUGGAUUGAAGUCCUAACAGGAAUUGGAUUCCUAUUGGUAGAAAAUUGAUGAGAAUUGGGAUUUGUGUGUUGCAGGGACUUAAACACAAGUCCCGGUAUCAGUACAAGUUUAGUUAAUUUGGAUCACCAAGAGUGUUCUAAUCCUAUUCAAAUUGGGCCUGGUCAAUUCUAUAUAUACGCCUUUAUUACAACGCCAAAAAAAUAGCCAGAGAACAUCAAAGUUUCCUGAGAAGAACUUAAGUUUCAGAGGAAAGAUUGUACUGGGUUUUAGGGUGGAGAGAUCCCCGCGUACCAAAAGAAGCCUCUUCUUCUUCGGAGUCGUUGAGCAAGAUGCCUACUGUCACGUUGAAGCUCGUCGUGGACACAAAAAGGAACAGGGUGGUGUUUGCCGAAUCAGAGAAGGAGUUCGUAGAUAUUCUUUUUAGCUUCUUGACGUUGCCAAUGGGGACUAUUAUCAGACUCCUCAACAAGGAGUCAUCGGUUGGAUGCAUGGACAAUUUGUACAUGAGCGUGGAGAAUCUCGACUACAAGUGUCUGGAGACCGUAGCUUGUAAGAUGAUGCUGCUCUGGCCCAGAAGUGAAGCAGAAAUACUGUGCGAGGACUUGGUCGUCAAUGCUGACGUCUUAAUGCCCCGGCGACUCUACAGGUGCCCCACAUUUGGUUGCUUCAUCAAGAAUAAGCUUUAUAGCUCGUUUCUCUGUACUCCCUGCCUCUGUGGGAAGGCAAUGGAUCAAUGUUUCAGCUGGGUAAAACAGGAGAAUAAUGCGAAGAACAGCGUUUUUCUGAAAGAAGCAGCGACGUAUGUUAUUACAGAUGACUUGCGCGUAACACGUGCUACUGCCAUUACUACCGUCUCUUUGCUUCAGAAUCAAGGGAUAGAAGAUGCAGAUGUUCUUGAGGAAAGGAUCGUGCACGUUGGCAGAAGCGAGGUUUUAAGUCUACUGAAGAGCCUACUGCUGUCAAAGAUGCCAUUUACAGAUGUUUUCUUGCAGAAGAAAGAAUCAGUGAACAUUCACAAAGAAGAAAAUGACAUUGUAGAGACUGCUCAAACCAAAUCGGAAGUUAACAAUGAAGCUAUUCAAUCCCGAAGAAUACGUGUGAAGGUCGUUGAGGACAAGGUCACAGAGGAGGCUGUGUAUGCUGUAGCAGGGAAUGAUUUUGUAGAUGUCCUUCUCUCCUUCCUUACCUUUCCACUCGGAUCAAUAGUGAAGCUCCUGAACUGUCAGUCCUCUGUUGUCUGUGUCGACAACUUGUAUAACAGCGUGGAGCUUUUGGCUGCUACAGGUGAUUACAUCAAAUCGGAGGAGUGCAAGGACAUGUUAUUGUCUCCCAAAUUCUACCCACAUUUUAACUGCGACAACCAGAUUUUGAAAGUUGAAGCAAAACUUCCAAGGACAGGCAGAUGUUGUGUAUGCAAACUUUGCUGGAACAAGAGGAUAGGCAUCUUUGGUACAAAGUGCAAGUCCGAGAAACAUAUUGUGCAUACAAAUGAAAUAAAUCCAAAGAAACCAAACUCAAGUACGGAAAAUGGAGGGGGGUAUGCAAAGAGGUCCGUUAGGUUCAUGGUUACUAAUGAGAUGGAUGUCAAACCAGUAUCACUCGUAUCUGAAAUUGGUGCGAUCAAAGAGCUCAAAGUUCCCAUCAGCAGCUUAGUUGAGAAAGAGGUUGAACUUGGAGAAGCAGAGGUUUUGAAUCUGUUGAAAGCUUGUCUGGUCUCUUCCAAUCCACUGAGCAAGCUAUUCUCUCCCUAAUCCACUGAACAAGUUAUAGCCUCAAAAGAAGCCGAACAAGGAAGAUGUUACUCUAAUCUAUAUUACUUAUUUUAAUAGUGAACUUGAACUUCAUGUGUUGCUCUGUUUCAAACUUCCCGUCAAUGAGGUUUACAUUUUUCAAAACUUUCUGUAGUAGAUUAACAUUUUUUGAAUUUUCUUUCCAGAAUUUCUUUAGUUGAUUAGUAAACUGUUGAUUAUCGUAGAUGCAUAUCAGAUAUUUGGUGACUAAACUUGAAUUUGCUGAAAUGUGUAAAUCAUGGACAGAUGCAAUUUCCCAUCUCAUCUAUCAUGUCACAAAAAUUCUCGUCUAUAUCAGCG